GACGGGGCAUUUUUUGUCUUUAGGCAUUCUCUGUUUGUUCUUUGUAAAUGUUUUGUUGAAAAUGUUAUCUUUUUAAAUUCAUAAUCAGAGGAUGAACACGUGUGUCUUUCUGUGAAUCUAAUGCUGACUGCAUGUUUAUAGAAUAUAAUUUUCUAUGCAUUCGUGUUACAAUUUCUUUAUUUCAAAUUGAAUACUAUUUUCCUCAGUAAUGACUGUCUCAGUCAUCUUAUGUUUGUCAUACUGUAGGAAGCAUGUUGUUUAAAACAAUUCUGCAGACAUAUUUUGGGCAUAGAACUGCAACAAAGGUUUUUUUCACUUUAAUAGUGAAAUAGUAAUUGAAAUUAUUAGCAAUAUCGAAAGGUUUUGUUAUAAAUGACCCAUAAACGAUGGAGAUUAAUUGGGUUUUCUGCCCAUGAUAUCAUUUAUGGUACUCCAAAGCAUUUUUCCAAUGUCAUUUAUCUUGGUUUCGUAAUAUAAUUUCUUAUUUUUGUUAAAUUCAGUCACCAAAUUUCUCAAUUUAUAGUAUGUCAACCAAUCAGAGCUUAAGACUGUGUCAUCUAAAAUAGUUGUUCUUUGUACGGGGACAGGAAACACAGAUGUAUUUGUGGCCCAUUUUAAAAGCAAGUCUUGUUUUUCCUCAUUACAGAGCAACAAGGAUGAGAAGGUCUUCUCGUUUGCCUGAGGUGACAGCUUUACUUGUGAUAGGCAUUCUGUUCUUGGUCAUCAUUUUCUUUAAAGAGGACAUUCCUCCUGAUGAACCCUCUAACCAUGUCCAGAUAAACAGAAUGGAAUCAACCUACCAAAACAGACCCCAGAAACCAACCAGUGAGAGCGCAGGUGUUUUCACCUGGGGCCAUUGUCAACGGAAUGAGUCUGCCGCCAAUGUGUCAGGGUUUUCCUCUCUGCCUGAUCACAUCCAAGACUUCCUCUUCUAUCGUCACUGCCGCCACUUCCCAAUGCUGCUGGACGUACCUGAUAAAUGUGGAGGCCCUCACAAGUCUGCUGACGUCUUCCUUCUGCUGGUCAUAAAAAGCUCACCUGUGAAUUACGACCGCCGUGAGGUACUACGGAAAACCUGGGCCAAGGAGAGACUGCAGAACGAAGUGUGGAUCCGCAGGAUUUUUCUCUCUGGAACCACAGGCACAGGCUUUGAGAAGCACACGCUAAACAAGCUUUUACGACUGGAGAAUCGUGAGCAUAAUGAUAUCUUGCAGUGGGACUUCAACGACUCCUUCUUCAACCUCACCCUGAAGCAAAUCGUGUUCUUAGAGUGGAUGGACAAGAACUGCCGCCAGGCCAGAUUUCUCUUCAACGGUGACGAUGAUAUCUUCGCCAACACAGAUAACAUGGUGGACUUCCUUCAGAGCCAGAAAAACAAAGAUGUUGACAUGCACCUUUUUGCGGGCUAUCUAAUCCGCUAUGUCGGACCCAUUAGAGAGUCAGGGAGCAAAUACUAUGUCCCAGUCCAGGUUCAAGAGUCAGACUCAUAUCCCCCUUAUUGUGGUGGAGGGGGCUUCCUGCUCUCUGGAUACACAGCUAUGGUAAUUUACAAAAUGUCCCAUACCAUUCCCAUUUUGCCAAUUGACGACGUCUACAUGGGAAUGUGUCUGGAAAAGGCUGGUCUUAGGCCAGAGUCCCAUUUUGGUAUCAGGACUGCUGGACUGCAAGUCCCCUCCCAAAAAGUGGACGCUUACGACCCUUGUUAUUACAGGGAAAUAAUUCUAGUACACAGAUUUCUACCCCAUCAGAUAUAUAUUAUGUGGCAUGGAAUACAUGAACCUAACUUGAAAUGUGGGAAGUUGCAAGGUUCACUAUAACCCGUGAAAUCAGUUGCCUGCUCAGAUUUCUUUUUCAAAUCUUUUUUGCCAAGCAAUUACUGAGGUGUGCCCUCUCAAAGCAGGUUUUAUUCCUGCUGUAUUUCUCUAGUGUACACCACAGUGCCUCAGGAAGACCCCACCACUCGCUAAGCUCAGAUAGG